AUGAAACGAAAGACGACUGAAGAACAGAGCAAAUGGAAGCAAUCCGUCCAAGAGAAAGAAAACCUCGUGGAGAAGGCGGAAAAAUGGCUCGUCGAUUUGGUAGACACCGACGACGAUAAAAAAGAGGUUGUUUCUAGGAUAGAGUCGCUGAGAGCGGAGCUUUUUUUGCGGCUCCACGAAUCUUUCGCUCCUGUUGAGGAAGGUCAUUUUGUGGUGACCUUUCCAGAAUGGCGCCAACGAUCAUUGCAACAACUUGAAAAAGAAAUGGUCGACAUCACGAUAGAGACAUGGCACCCAGGGAAAUUGAAACUGCAAAGCGAACUCCGCCUGCAGGAUUCGAUCGUGUGGAUUCAUUCGUUUGCCGUCAGCGACGAAGACGAUCACGUCUUUGUUGUCGAUGGGAGUAACGAUUUGAUCAAAGAAUUCGGCGAGACUGGGGAAUUCGUCAACCAAAGUCUCUUUAAGAAUGAAGGAAAGAAAUUCUUUCUCAAGGACAUUUGUCGUCUUUUCAAUGAUAUUUUGGCUGUUUGUGGUGUUUUGUGGUCGAGAGGACCCUCUCCUCCCCCUUCUAAAUUUCAUCCCUCCCUUUCUUCCUCUACCUUAAAUUGUUUUCUCCUCUCUUCUUUAUUUUCUUUACCCUCUCCUUCACCCGCAACUUUUUCCCUCUCUCUAUAUUUGCUUAUGUUUAUCAAAGACCAACCAACGUUUUCCCGCUGGAUUCACUUUGCGCGAAACAACACCAAGAAGAAGACUUUUUUUUUGGUUUCCGAAAUUCAAAGAAAAACUAAUUUCCCUGAAGUGAAAUCGAAACAAAAUCAAAUAUUUCAUUUUGACUGA